AUGAAGGAGUCUGGCCUCGAGCCGACCCUUCUCGGAGCCAACCGUUUUCGCAUCACAGACGCGUCUAAUGGCCGGGUCGAUUUCGAACUGGACAUUCACCAGAAUCACACGACCAUCCAUGGCGGCACACUCGCAGCCAUGGUCGACCUGGGCGGCUCACUGGCCGUAGCAUCGACGGGACGCUUCGCGACAGGCGUCACGACGGAUCUCAACGGCAAGAAAACACUCCACGGAAACGCUGCCGGCGAUAUGCUCACCGGCACUGCCAUCUGUGACAAGAUUGGCAAGACAUUGGCGUACACGACCAUCAUAUUCAAGAACAGCAAGGGACAGCUCGCUGCUCGCGGGAGCCACACCAAAUAUGUCGCUGGCACCUUGGGGGAGGAAGGCCCCUUUAUGGCGCCCGCAAAGUACGCCGAAGAAUUGGAUUAA